AGCUGUACGCAAAGUACGCUUUGUCUUCUGUCAUCUUGGCGCACCACCACCCUGGUCAGUGCAGGGAAGUAUUUUCUGCCAUCACUGCGCUCUCUCCUAGAGCUGAUUGUAUCACACAAUGGGGAACAGAGACGACGAAUAUGAUUUCUUGUUCAAAGUUGUACUUAUUGGAGACUCGGGGGUGGGGAAGAGUAAUCUGCUGUCCCGUUUCACGCGAAAUGAGUUCAACUUGGAGAGCAAGAGCACUAUAGGGGUGGAGUUCGCCACCCGCAGCAUCCAAGUGGAUGGAAAGACGAUAAAGGCUCAAAUUUGGGACACAGCUGGACAAGAGCGCUACAGAGCAAUUACUUCAGCGUAUUAUCGGGGUGCAGUUGGCGCUCUUCUAGUUUACGACAUUGCCAAGCACCUGACAUAUGAGAAUGUGGAACGCUGGCUGAAGGAGCUCAGGGACCACGCUGACAAUAACAUUGUCAUCAUGCUGGUUGGAAACAAGAGUGACCUCCGCCACCUCAGGGCUGUGCCCACCGAUGAGGCUCGGGCAUUUGCAGAAAAGAACACUCUGUCAUUUAUUGAGACAUCAGCGUUGGACUCUACAAAUGUGGAAGAAGCUUUCAAGAACAUUUUAACAGAAAUCUACCGCAUUGUGUCACAGAAGCAGAUAGCAGACAGAUCUGCGCACGAUGAGUCUCCAGGCAACAACGUUGUGGACAUAAGUGUCCCACCAACCACUGACGGCCAAAAAGGCAACAAACUCCAGUGCUGCCAGAGCCUGUGAUGCUCUGUCCAGAAACACUCAUCUUUUUGUCUGCUUUCACCCCCAACAUCACGCCACCUGUGCACUUUUUCCUCGCCCCCUUAGCUCUGCUCACGGCCAACUCCCUCAUCACUUAAUCCUCUUUCUUUUUUCUUUUCUUUAUCUUUCAUUCUGUUUUAUAUAAGUACUCUUAAAGUCACUCAUGCUCUUCUCUCCCGUUAUGAGAGAAACAUCUCAGAAGCCUUUAUGUCAUUGGUCAGAUGAGUUGUGUGAAGGUCCCUGCAAUGCAGGAAGGAGGCAGUUGUUUCUGUCUUAAUGAAGCUUGUGAAGUUGUUUGAACUCCGCUGAAACGCUGUCAUGUAGAGGUUGUGAAAUACAUUUCAGUGGUGGCCACUAGAUGGUGCUGUGUAAAUGACCUCCUGACAGCCUGGUGAAGCAGUAUUAUGCGUUUGACAGUGUGGUUCUUACUACCAUCAAUUAUCAUGCCAAAAAUAUCUUCAUUAUGUAUUUAUUGAACAAUACUGGCUUCAGUUGUCGUUGUUUUACUUUCAGUUAAAAAAAAAUGUAAAAAAAUUUACAAUAAAAUUCUUGACUAAA